AUGUCUAGGGGCCUCAGUGUCCCAGACUUACAUAAACUUCGAAGCAACUUGCCUUCUUCUGAUGAAGUACCGCAAGUAGAGCUAGAUGCCACAUCUGCUACCGCACGUCCUCUAGAAACAUCUGAGGCCGUUUCUGCCACUCUAAAGACACAGAUAUCAGAGGCUGAUACUUCUACCUCAGUAACAGAUGCGGACAAAGCGAAGCUCACACCUGAGCAUAGACAGCAACUCCUGCAGUGUCACAUAGCCCAUUUUCGGAGCAGAGGAGGAGUCGAUCAAGCCUCGUCCCACCAGCAGACCCAAGUCGUAGUAGCUAAGAACAAGCGAAAACGCUCAAAUAGUACCAGCAACACGCGACGCCGGGAAUGGCUGGACACCUCUGAGGAACAUCGAGCCCCAAGGGGCUCAGCGAAAGUGAAGGAUCAAAGAUGCAUAAUCAGAAUAGACAAGAAAGCUUGUUUCGGAGAUUUGUACGAGACCCUCCCCUUUUCUCCCUUGCUCACCUUGAGUCCCCUGCCAGCCGAGAUCCCCUUCCUGAAGCUGAUGCUAGCUGACCCAAGAGGAGGUGCAUACUACGACAAUCGAUGGUACAUCGAUCAAUACGUCCCCGUGCCUAGCAUUACGAAGUUUGAGGCAUUCCCUUACCACGAUCACCCGGAGGUGUGGCCUCAAGGCUCGAAAUACCACGAUGUUCUUGACAAUGUGCGCGAAGAAGACAAGGAAUCGCUGGUAUGCAUACGGUUUAGGUCGUGGGCGCACAUUACACCACACACACCUGAGCAUCACGGAGCACGCGAUCCUUUCGUUCGAAGCGUAGGUGAGGAGCUCAAUAUCAAGACAACCAAGCGGUAUAUAACAGCUUUAUGUCGCCCCAAGAAACCGUUCGAAAUCAGUAUCUACUUCGUCUCGAAAUUUCCCUGGAAUCGGUUGUGGUGGAAAAAUUUCUUUCCCCUUCGCGUCGCUCUCGCAAAGCGAGCAGAGCGAGUGCACGGCCCGCGAUUACCAGAUGCAAAGAACGAGGAAGGCACAGGUGGGACAGAAGAGCUUGACACGCCGCUGGGUUAUGAAAGCGAUUCAGCCUUGGACGAGAUGGAGCUAGAUAGAGAUGAAGACGGAAAGAUAGAUACUUAG